CUGUGUUCUCCUGUCUUGUGCUCCAGCCCCUUCCCCAGGGAGGAGAUGAUCAGCUUCCUGCUGCUUGUUGUCCUGACAGCCUCUGUCUGUGCAGGAAAAAUACAGGUGAAUGUGAGCCAGGCUGUCUAUCAGGCAGAGGAGAACAGUAACAUCACCAUGGAGUGGACCGUCACUCCCAUCAUGCCCCUCACCGACUUCAGCAUCGAUAUCUCCUUUAGGGAAUCUCAAUAUAAGCACUUUACGUCUGUAUAUAAAAUGCAUUAUGGUGUUGAGCAGCGAGAAUAUCAAGAUGAGAAGUUCACAGGACGAGUUCAGGUGGACAAAGACGAGCUGAGAAAAGGAAACAUCAGACUUCAUCUGUCCAGCCUGAGGACCAGCGACUCAGGCAGCUAUGAUUGUCAUGUGUUCACCAGAGAUGAAGUUAUCGCCACCGAAUCUUCACUCAGCGUCACUGCUGCGACACCCCGACCAGAGGAGCCAGAGCACACAAAAGGUGGAAGGGCUUUUGUCUUCGGAGCAGCACCAGCAGCUCAAGCAGUUCUCCUUCCUGUAGUAGCUGUAGUAGCAGCAGCAGUCGUAGUAGUUUGUUGAGCCCGUUGUCUUGGAAGUAUGUUCACAUUUCCUAUAUACAGGGUGUCCAUAAAGUCU